AUGGCACAGUUACCUCCUAAAAUACCAACCAUACCCCAAAAUUGGCCAUCUUUUCCUCACCAAAGGGUGCCCACAAUGGCCAACUUCACCCCCCCAACCUCAUCCACCACCACCGUCGCCGCCACCACCACCACUCCUUCCCAACCCUCUUGGGUCGACGAGUUCCUCGACUUCUCGUCCACCCGGCGGGGGGCUCACAGGCGAUCCGCCAGUGACUCCAUUGCCUUUCUCGAGACGCCGUUUCUGGAGGAAUGUCGAGCCGGUUUCGACCGACUCGACGAGGACCAGCUGAUUUCCAUGUUCUCUGAUGACAUUGCCGCCGCGGCGCUCCCGCCGCCACCGCUGUCGUCGGCGUCCAAUCCCUCCUCGCCGUCCUCCGACCAAAAUAGCAACAACGAGGAGAAGCCCAUGGCAAUGGCGCUGGACGUGAAGCCGAAGACGGAAACGGUUGAAGAGGAGAGCUCGUGCAGGAACGAGGCCGCGGCGCCGCCACUCUCCGCCACUGCCACCUGCACUGAAACCGUUGUCGAUCCCAAGAGGGUCAAAAGAAUUUUGGCUAACAGGCAAUCAGCACAGAGGUCAAGGGUAAGAAAGCUACAAUACAUCUCUGAGCUUGAAAGGAGCGUAACAACUUUGCAGACGGAGGUAUCAGCAUUGUCACCACGAGUUGCAUUUCUGGACCAUCAACGUUUGAUUCUUAACGUCGACAAUAGUGCCUUGAAGCAACGCAUUGCUGCUUUGGCCCAAGACAAGAUUUUCAAAGAUGCUCAUCAAGAGGCAUUGAAGAAGGAGAUAGAGAGACUGAGGCAAAUCUACCACCAUCAGAACCUACAAAAGAUGCGUAACACAGUGAACAACAAUCUUCAAACCCCACCAACAUCACAAUCACAAGCAGCAAUGCAAUCACCUUCCCUUCAUCAGCAUCAGCAGCAGAAAACAGUGUCUCAACCAUUGGGAUACAAGGACAAGGAACAGCUCCAGAGUUGA